AUGGCUACGAAUCCUGAAUAUGUUCCAGAAGUCGAGGAAGAAACGGGUCGAUCUGUUGAAGAUUCUGCUAAAAUAUAUUCAGCAGAUGAUGCAGAUGGAAACCAAACUACUAUUGAGCAGCCAAAAAAGUCGAUAAUUUUACAGGACACCACCACUCGAGUUUCAAACAAGAAAGUUAAAAUCAUUGAUCCCAGGCAAACUAAUGAGAACGAUUCUGAUGAUGAUGAUACUAAUUCUCAACAUAUUAAUAUAGAAGUAUCAAGUGAAGACCAGCCAUGUGAUCUUGUGAUAGAGUCUACCGGAGCUACUUUAGAUCUACCAGAUGAAGCUAAUCUUACUGCCGAUAGAAAGAAAAGCAGAGAAGAGCGCAAGAAGGAAAGAGAAAAAAAGAAAGAAGAAGAAAUGUUAAAAAAAUAUCAAGCCGAGCAGGAAGCAAAACAAAAAGCCUCCGCUAAAUCUAAAUGUGGUCGCUGGAUAAAGCAUAAUCUCAAGAUAGGUGAGGGUGGGUAUAAAUUUGUUUAUCGGGGCUACGAUAGUUUUGAGGCUAGGAAUGUUGCCUGGUGCGAAUUUAAAUGUGAACACGUUGAUACCAAGGAAAAACGCCAGGCCAUGUUUAGAGAAACCGAAAUAAUGUUAAAGAUGAAUCAUCCCCACAUUGUUCGCUGCUUUGAUGUUUUUCGUGAAUGGAUUAAUGUUGAGGAUCCUAAUAAUUCACUUGAAGAAAAGGGUGUUGUCAUAAUUCAGGAAUUAAUGAGCGCAGGGACUCUAAAAAGUAUGAUUCGUAAAAAUUUUUCUGAGGGCCAAUGUAUUCUAAAAUUUCCACUAAUAACUCGGUGGUGGCAUCAGAUCCUUGAUGCUCUUCGGUAUAUGCACCAUAAAAUCCAGCCUCCAAUACUUCACCGUGACCUCAAAGCUGAAAAUUGCUUUCUUUAUGGUGCAUCUAAUGAAGAAUAUCUUAAUGUUAAAGUUGGAGAUUUCGGGCUCGCAGCUCAUGUCAAUGACUCUGGAAGAAAGACUAUGCUUGGUACUUUUGGAUUCAUGGCUCCUGAAAUAUUUGAUGAAAAAUACGACGAAAAAGUUGACAUUUAUGCUUUCGGGAUGUUGAUGCUCGAGGUCAUGACUAAUAGGACUCCAUUUGAUGAAUGUGACACACUUAUGAAAUUUGCUGCAAAAACCAUGUCUGGCCUGGGCCCAGAUGUUAUGAAUAAAGUCUCUAACCCAACGCUUAGACCCAUAAUUAGUGCUUGUAUUCAUCCUCUCACUUGUUUUCGUCCAACUGCGGAAGAACUAUAUUUUCAUCCACUGUUUCAGAGAUACCAAGAAGGCGACGACUCUUGGGUAUGA